AUGCAGUUCACUACCGUGCUUUCUCUGCUCGCUCUCGCGGUCGCAUCUGCGCGGGCGAUGCCCGUGUAUGUGGGGAUGAUGCCCCCAUUGUCGUUCAAGGGGGAGGCCGCCGCAGUGAUUGAUCCGAGGAUACCUCUUGCAUCGGUCCCUCUGAUGGUACAGGCGGCUGGCGCGAUUGGGACGACAACGUGCGUGUAUAGCUUUGCGCUGUCGUCCCGUACGCUAAUUGUCGCGCAGCUCCGAUCUAUGAUCGAUGGCCUGUCCUAUGAGACCGACAGGCGUGAGUACGACUACACACACCACGACCCUGGGCGCUCCGCUGCCAUCCACGCUGGCUGCUCAAUAGCCACCACGCAGGCCUUACCGACCUUGCCACGCUUGAGCACGCCCUCACGAUCCACGACCCCGCGACUAGCUCAACGCUGUCUUCACGCGCUCGCAGCUCAACGCUGCCUGUCCGCCCGCAUUUUCGCGUUCUAA